GAGGGCCGUGAGGGGCUGGCCCUCUCAUGGGGUCUCAAAUUCAUUGGGUCCCAACUUCACGGGGUCCUGCCCUAAGGGGGUGUCAGGGCACCCCUUGGGGCAGGGUGCAGGGAAAGGCUCCCAGCUGGGCAGCCCUAAGGCUCGGUGUGGAGGGAAGGCAGCCCCUUCCCCACUGCCCUGAGGGGGUUCUGUCCAUGAGGGUCUCGGGGCGAGCAGGAGCAGCUGGGUGGGAGCUGUGGGUUCACUGCUCUCCCGAGGCUGGUCUUGGUGCCACCGUGGUUGUCUUUGCCUGUUCCUGAGGCCUGGGAUGUGGUUAUAGCACGCAGCUUUCUGUGCAUCUCUUGUUCCCUGGGGUUUUGGUGGUGGGUCGUCCUGUUCCACCUCCUGAACCUCCAUGGUUCCAUUAAAAAUUUGUGGGAGCUUGUUAAAUGAUUAAGUUGGAAUGGAACAAUGAGGUCCUGGUGCCGUGCCUUUCAGAAUUACUCAUCCUAAAGGGAAAACUCACCUUUAUAGGGUUAUUUCGCUGUACAAGAUGUUCCAAGCUAUGUGUGGUCACCUCUUAAGUCUUAGAUGUUCAUUGCAGAGCCUCAGGAGGACUCUUGCAGGAACCCUAAAUCAGAAUUUAAACCUGGUUAAAGCUACUGAGCUCCACAGUCCUGACAAAUGAAGGGUCAGUAUUUGCAAUGCAUUUUUUGGUACCUGAGCACCAACCUGUCUGUUGUAUCGUGAUAUAUUUGUGGUGCUUACAGGCCCUUAAAGAAUGUAAAAGCACAAAAAUUGCAGUGUAAAAUACCUGUCAGGAUUUCUCUUUGAGUUUCAGUGGGAAUAGCGACCAUACUGAACUUCAGCUUUCUUCUGUAUAUUUUUAAUAAUUCAGUUAUUUUUUUUUCUUUUAGUUCAGUUAGAAGAUGAGAUGCUAAUGAAUCACCAACUGAUUUUACAAGAGGAUUCUUUGCUGCUUUUGUGGCCACAAUAAAAUAAUUGGCAGACUCAAGCCUUCUAAUGCCUUCAUUUCUAGGAAAAAUAAUACAAGAGGGUGUUUUGCUCUAGUCAGUCCUUAAAUGGAAAACUUAUCUCCUGAACUGAGAGGGGUUUUGGCACUUUGCUACGUUGUGAAAGCAGACAGCUUUAUUACCUUGGCCAGAGAAUGAGAUAUCGCUGUCAUUGUUAUUAAUAUUAUCUGAUGCAAUAAUUAACGAUUUGAUUUUAGAGAGGAACAGGUCUGUGGUGUCUUCUUACUCCUGCCCUGCACAGAAAAUCCCUGGAUGAGCAUUGCCAGGGCAAUUUUCUUUGCAGUCUGCAGCCACUUCGAGUGUGUUCAUGACCACCUGCAGCUGCUUACAGCUGUGUAAACUGAAUUCUAAUGGACUUUUAAGUGCAGCUAAUUAGGGGAGCUGCUUUUGUGUGGUGAAUUUUGUUUGGGCUUAAACCAGGAGGUCGGGCCUAUUUGUCACUUUUAUUUCCUGCCAGUAAAGCACACAGAAGUUGUGUUUGUAGCCCUGAGAUGUCUCCAUCUCAGUCCUCACCUGUUUUAAGGUGCAGGUAGUCCAUUUGUUGUCAGAGAAGCCGCUGUUCUGAAGGAGCCAGCUCAGGUGUGGUUUUCAUGGGCAGGAACAAGAAGCUUUUGUCUUUCUGACUUUUAGGAGUGAUUUAAUUCAGAGGAGAGGCGCCAGGGGGUGGGGAAGGGAGCGGUACCAUCCACUUGUAGGAAGGGGAACAACCCCUUCCAAUUGCCAGAACCUUUGGGAAGAGCUGCUGGAGGAGGAAAGGAUGCGAGACAAGUGGCAGGAGGAAGCUGGAGGGGAACAGUUUGUUUUCUUACAGCAAACCCUGAGUGUGCCUUCUCGAAGGCUGCGUGGGCAGCACUGCAGCACACAUUGAUACAGACGUUUCUUUUCCUUUUUUUAUUCAUCUUGUGCUGGGCACUGGCCCUGGAGGAAAGGCCUGUGACACAUUGGCCGCAGCAGGACAGGGCUGGCCUGGGUGAUCUCCGAGUUCUCUUGCAGCUCGUUGCUGUUCUCAUGAUGGAUGUGCCAUAAGGAUAUGGAUAUAGACAGAUCCAUUAUGCACAGUUGGAGUAAAGACUGAGGUGGUGUUUGGCUGAGCUCUUCUCUUUAUUACAUGACUAAAUAAAUUGAAGCCAUUUUUUCCUUUCGUGGCAAUAAAUAAUCCUUGCUGUGCCAGCCCUAUGCAUGAUUUCCACUUUUAACUCGCCAGUAGAGCAUAAAUGUUGUGGUUAUACAUUACCUGAUUGUUACCAUUGCAGCACAAUGCCCCAGAGCCAGAGUUCCUUGAAACAAUGUGUGUGUGUGUGAUGGAUGGUGCUGCAGAGGAGGUGACGCAGUCCUGACUCAGUCCUCAGCGAGGUUCAAACCCUUCCUGCUGCACUCAAAGCCUGUUCCUGCCAAGGGAGCUCAGGAAAUGCACCCUCUCUGCCUUCUAGGCAAGCUGGGGUAAUUAACUUAAGUGUGGGAUAAAGCUUUCUGCAUGGUCCUUUGGAGCACAAUAAAUCAUCUUCAUAUUAAAAGCUGGAGGAAGACCCAGAGUCGUAAAGCCCCUUUUGUGCCAAUUUUGCUGCCUUUGCACAUGGCUGGGUGGUCAGUGAGCUCAGUCCUGGGAGGAUUAAACUGAUGGUCCCUGCUGAUAUUGCUGCAGGGAACCCCAGGUGAUGGCAAACCUGCUUUACACCGGGGAGUAAAUCACGUUAUCUGCUUUAUGCACCAUUCUUGGGUUCUCAUUGGAGACACUGCAGUGGCUUUUUGGCUCCCCCAGCAGGGAGGGGGACUCUGCCCCUCGCUCAGCUUUAAUAUUCCCCCAUUCUUCCCCUCCCAGAGAAGGAGCAAAAACCGAGUGUUUGCAGCCACUCAGUAGGAUGUCCUUAGUGAGACUUGCAGAGGUUGCUGCAGAUGAAGUCCCCAGAGAUGUUGUCUCUGUAUCUUCUUGUGUAGUUGCAGCAUUGAAAGAAAUUGCUAUUCCUUAAUAGCCAAGAAAAUAUGGUUACUGUUGAUUUUUGGGUUUUUUUUUUUUUUUGGUGGUGCUUUUCUCUGAAUUUCAGAGCUUUCCUUUGAAGCACUGCCUGAGUUCACUGGGUUCAGCUUGUGUCCAAAACACUCAGGCACUGAACACAGAACAGCAGUGACUGUGCUGUCUGUGUUUUUCUCUUAGAGCACCAUCCACUGCCACUCCCUGAGUGUUUGGGGGGUGGUGGGUGCAUGUGUGGGGUGUCACACGUGGGUGUUGUGGCGGCUCAGGGGGUCUGAUGCUGAGGGCAGGAAAGACAUUUCUGCUGGGUAGGGAAUGGGAAGGUAAAUGUGAGCGGUGUAGAGACCAACCUGCUUUGUCUUGAAGGGGUGGUUGAUUUACUUGCACAGCUCAGAAUGAGCUCAUCUUCCACUGGAGGAGAUAUUUCAAAGUCAUGGGAGCUGAGCUGGCUCUCGGUUCACGCUGUGUUUGCUUCACACCGGUGACACACAGGACUGUCACUGCCUCUCCACUCUGACGUCCUGGAGUGAUGCUGGGAGAUAUUUAUACCUGCUGCCAUCUCAGCUUGUGCAGCAUGGACUGGGAGAGGCAUGCCUGCUGUUUUGGGGAGGUGGAUGCUGUCUUUGCAGUUGUUGUAAAUGGUUUAACAUCUCACACUGGCGUUGCUUUCGCUCAUGCAUGAUGCUUGUGAGGGUGGAUGAAAACAUUGUGGUGCUGACAGAAUUGUUGGUGAUGUGCCUCAUAAUGUGACUAAUCUUUCAAAUUCCAUCAUUUCCAAGUUAUUGAAAUACUUGUUACGACAAAAAGUGAUGGAACAUUAAGUAAUAUUUGAGCCAGGCCUCUCAAAAUUUAAAGUGUCAUUACCAGUGGAUCAGAACCCAGGAGAGAGAAUAUACUUGUGGCAUACAUAACACAGAAAUUUAACAUUAGUUGAGGCAAGCUGUUUGCUUUAUUGUUUGACUAAUCUCUACAUGGAUAAUCAUUACAAAAUGUAGCCUAAUUUCUCCCUAUUGGGAAAAAGCUGAGUAUAUCCUAUCACAGCUCCUUUUAUCUUUAAUUAUCUUUUUUUUUUCUUGCAGGAUUUCUGCAAUUCAGUUUCAAAUUGUUGUGCAAAUUCAUAUGGUAAUCCUUUGGACAUAGCAGAGCUCCUGCCCCUGGGCUUGUUUCACAGCUGAACAUCAGCACUUGCUCCUGCCUCCUGUGCUCGUUGUUGCCAGCCCUUGGGACCUCUGUGGGGCACAGCCUGUCUCCUGCACAUCCAUAUUUCCAGGGAAAUGCUGAUGGAACUCAUGGAGAUGCAGGCUUUGGUAGGAAUGCCCACCGGAGGCAGAUCCAGGGUGUAUUUGGAAGUACAGAAGUCGAAAGCAUCAGCAAAUCCUGCAGCUCGUGAUGCUGUCCCUUUAUUGCUGCACAAUUGGCUGAGCUGUUUAUUAUUUUCAUUUCUGGGAAGAACAGCACUAACAGGACCAUUUACACAAACUGCACCACCGAGCCCCUGAAGUUGGCUCAGCCUUGCUUUUUUUUCCCCAAGAUUUGCCAUGAGUGCUGACUUUCAGAACCAUGAAAUGUCUUCUGCUUUCCUUUGCAGCUCUUUGGUACUAUUUUUUUUUUUCCAGAGAUGAAUCUUAAUGCCCUGUUUUGUCUAAUAAAGACCCUGCCUGAAGCCUUUGGUCUCCUUUGCACUGAAGUUGUAAGUUAUUUGUGCCAAAAUGAGUCUGCAGGAGUGAGUCAGCAUCUUCCCUCAGCCCUUCAGUGUCUGCUGGUAGGGAAGGUCAGCCAAAAAUUCUGCUACUUGUUGCACCGUGUGGAAUUAGCCAGAACUGUGCCUUUCCCUUAAUUCAAUCACUGGUUAAUUUAAUUAUAUUUUUUAAACAGGUUAAUUAUUUUUUCUUAAAUCAAGCCACCCGAAAUUGAAACUUACAGUGUUUAUUUUUAUUUUUCUAAGCAAUUAGGUAAUUGAUUAAACCACUGGCUAUUGUUAGUGCAAUUAUCUGAAAUGGCUCUUGAUUUAUACUGACAAUUAAGGAAAAGAGCUGUUUGGGAUCAACCAACCAAAGAAUAUCAAGAGGAUGGGUGUUAAAUUUUCCAUAAAAGUUGCUCAGAGUGUGUUACUGACAUAAAUGCCUUCAUGUGUCACACAGUGGUGAUCAAAUGAGUGCUGGAGGUCAGUGAAUGAGGUAGGAUUAGGUAUGAGAAAAUCCCUGAUUUAAUCCUCAAUAACGUGACAAGUAGCUGGAUAAAAGGUGCUGUGUAGGGAUGGACGAUAUUUAUUUAUAGGUCAGAGCUUGUGUGUUCUGGGACAUGAUAUUUAUCUAAUAAUACUUAUCUGUGAAUGACCCUGGCUUUCACACUUGCAGAGCAAGGCUGGUGUUUAUCCCCCCUAAUUGUUUGCUGUGGUUAAUUUGCUGGUACUAAUGAGAUCCUGAGCUCAAGCCUUGCGCUCAGGUACAUGGAUUUCUUUUUCAUUUUUCUCCUCAGUGCUUUUUGGGGAUGUUUUGUGGUGAGCAGUAUUGAUGGAGAUAAGAUUUCUGUCCCUUUAUUCCCAUUUUUCCCUCCACUGUGAGGCUUCCCUGUCCUGUGGAUUUAUUCCUGGCCAGGACGGGUGGAACACUCAGUGCCCGGGUCUGCACAGCUCAGUCCUUGCUGGCAAAAUUAGCAGGAGGCAGAAAGUGCCUGCUGCUUUUUUUACCCCUCCUUAUCUAUUUUUCAGUUUGUCAAUGACAAGCCAAAUGCUAACAUUUAUAGGGAUAAAUUAUGACUAAAAUAAUUUGCAUUUAAAAUGCAAAUGAAUGAAAGCAUCAGCAAGGAGCCUUCUGCUUCUCUCCCAGAGCACAGGCUGGUACUGGCAUUGGAUCAGCCCAGAGAGGCACUGGGUAUAAAAUAAACUUAAUUGGAGGAGCUGAGAAAUUAAAUGGGCUCAGCCUCAUGCUAAUUCCUGUGAUUUAAUAUGACAUUAGAGGGGAAGGAUUGGGAAGGUGCUGAACCACCGACGAAAGCAAUCACCAGAGCUGUAAAUUACCCUGCUGGGAUCCCAACGGCAGAUUGAGAGGCCCCAAUAAAACUGUGAGAGGUGAAUAAAAUCAAGCUUGGAAGCAGUUUGUCAGGAUCUUUGGGGCUCCUGUGAAUUAGAGGUUGAGUUUCCCUGCUCUUUUUGUAGAAGUUGGCUGUUUUAGCACUGUCUUGUACCACCCAGGGCUGUGGUUUUGGCCAAGGUGAAAGCUGCCUGUUCAUGGAAAGCCCUUUUGUGCUCCCCCCAAACCUCUUUCAGGCAAACUGGUCAUGCAUUUCUGAAUGUGGUGUUUUCCUGCUGGAAGCCUAGGGUCCAUUUUUUGCAUUAUUUAUUGAUUUCUAGGCCUGUAGGUGCCAGAAAGACAGUGUAUGAGUCGUGGUCUGCCUGUGGCCAAGGAAAGAUGUGCAGGGAGAAUUCAGUGUAACCUUUCAGUGCUGCUUGACUUGUUUCCUCAGUGGGACGUGGAAAGUGUUGCACAGCAGGACUUGACCCUGGUGAAUGAGAUAAGAUUUCUGUUCCUUUAUUCCCCUCACUAAGGUGUUUGGGUCUAAAAGGGGGUGUUUGUAAAGCCAGGCCUGGUACAGAAGUGUGGCAGCUGAUGAUAAUAAUUACCUCACAGUGGUUUUCACAUUGCUGCCCUCUGCUUUUUUGCAGCCAUGUUGCUGAAGAUCACCUUGUCUUCUGGAAGCAGAAACACAGUGAACAGAUGAAUCCCUCCAGCCAGGCAUUCCUCCAGUAGAUCUCUCUCCUCAUGGAACACCCCGGCAGGGAGGAGAUGGACUUGAAAGAGGAAGGUUCCCAGGUGUGGGCUGAGUCUGCAGCACAGGAACAGAACACUGCUCAGGUGCACUUUGUCCCCGAGGGGGGGGCGGUGGCGCAGAUCGUGUACAGCGACGAGCAGGAGCGGGGUGCGGCCCAGCAGGUGGUUUACACGGCCGAUGGCACCUCCUACACCUCGGUGGACACCUCGGAGCACACCCUCGUUUACAUCCACCCCGUGGAGGCUACGCAGACUCUGUUUACAGAUCCAUCCCAAGUGGCUUAUGUCCAACAGGAUGCCACCACCCAGCAGGUAACGGUGCUCUUGCCUGCUGCUGCCCAGAGCAUCAACCCCACCAACCUGUCCGUGCUCGGCAGCGCUGCCGACCCCCCCCAGCCCGUGGCUCUGGAGCAGGGGCCACAAGCAGAUAGAGCAUCAUUACCGGUGCAUAACCAGGUGUUACCUCCCAUGGAGGCAGUGGAUGGUUCUGACCCUUUAGCACCUCUGCAGAAUCAGAUGGAAAGGAUAGAAACAAAAGAGGAAGAUGAUGAGGAUGAAGAUGAGGAUGAAGAUGGGGAAGACUCUGACAUGGAUGAGUGGGAUCCAGAUCCACCUCGACCCUUUGAUCCCAAUGAUUUGUGGUGUGAGGAGUGCAAUAACGCCCACCCCUCGGUGUGCCCCAAGCACGGCCCUCUGCACCCCAUCCCCAACCGGCCCGUGCUGACCCGGGCCAGGGCCAGCCUGCCCCUGGUGCUCUACAUUGACAGGUUUUUGGGAGGAGUCUUCUCCAAACGGCGCAUCCCCAAGCGAACGCAGUUUGGGCCUGUGGAAGGGCCCCUGGUCAGACAAACUGAGCUCAAAGACUGCUACAUCCAUCUGAAGGUUUCACUUGAUAAGGGUGACAGAAAAGACAGGGACUUGCAAGAGGACCUGUGGUUUGAACUUUCCAGCGAGGCUCUGUGUAACUGGAUGAUGUUUGUGCGGCCGGCCCAGAACCACCUGGAGCAGAACCUCGUGGCUUAUCAGUAUGGCCACCACAUCUACUACACCACCAUCAAAAACGUGGAGCCCAAGCAGGAGCUCAAGGUGUGGUAUGCUGCCUCUUAUGCUGAGUUUGUGAACCAGAAGAUCCAUGACAUAACUGAGGAGGAAAGGAAGGUUCUCAGGGAGCAGGAGAAGAACUGGCCCUGUUACGAGUGCAAUCGGCGUUUCAUGAGCUCGGAGCAGCUCCAGCAGCACCUCAACUCCCACGACGAGAAGCUGGACUUCUUCAGCAGAGCCAGAGGCCGAGGUCGUGGGCGAGGGAAGAGGAGGUUUGGACCAGGCAGACGCCCCGGGCGCCCUCCCAAAUUCAUGCGCAUGGAAGUAACCAGUGAAAACGGGGAAAAGUGUGAAGAAGGGACACAGGACUUGCUGCAUUUUUCCAGCAAGGGGCAGUUUGAUGAGGCCGGAGCGGCCGCCCUGAACGGGCUGGAGCAGCAGGAACAGACUCCGGUGGCGCCGGAGCCGCAGCCGGCCCUGGAGCAGCCGGAGCCCGCGCUCCAGGAGCAGCCGCAGCACGAGGGCGGCGCGGGGCCCACGCAGAGCACCAUGACAGCAGAUGACAUGAGGAGAGCCAAGCGCAUCAGGAAUGCAGCUCUGCAGCACCUGUUCAUCCGCAAAUCCUUCCGGCCCUUCAAAUGCCUGCAGUGCGGGAAGGCCUUCCGGGAGAAGGACAAGCUGGAUCAGCACCUGCGCUUCCACGGCCGGGAGGGGAACUGCCCCCUCACCUGCGACAUCUGCAACAAGGGCUUCAUCAACAGCGGGGCCCUCGAGAGCCACAUGAAGUUCCACAUGGACCAGAAAACCUACUCGUGCAUCUUCUGCCCCGAGUCCUUCGACCGCCUGGACCUGCUCAAAGACCACGUGGCCAUCCACGUCAACGACGGCUACUUCACCUGCCCCACCUGCAAGAAACGCUUCCCAGACUUCAUCCAGGUCAAGAAGCACGUGCGCAGUUUCCACUCGGAGAAGAUUUACCAGUGCACGGAGUGUGACAAGGCCUUCUGCCGGCCCGACAAGCUGCGGCUGCACAUGCUGCGCCACUCGGACCGCAAGGACUUCCUGUGCUCCACCUGUGGCAAGCAGUUCAAGAGGAAGGACAAGCUGCGGGAGCACAUGCAGAGGAUGCACAACCCGGAGAGGGAGGCCAAGAAGGCCGAUCGGAUCAGCCGCUCGAAAACCUUCAAGCCCCGCAUCGCGUCCACCGACUACGAGAGCUUCAUGUUCAAGUGCCGCCUGUGCAUGAUGGGCUUCCGCCGCAGGGGCAUGCUGGUGAAUCAUUUAUCAAAGAGACAUCCAGACAUGAAAAUAGAAGAGGUGCCAGAGCUCACGUUGCCCAUCAUCAAACCCAACAGAGAUUACUUCUGUCAGUACUGUGAUAAGGUGUACAAGAGUGCCAGCAAACGCAAAGCACACAUCCUGAAGAACCACCCUGGUGCUGAGCUGCCUCCGAGCAUCCGCAAGCUGCGUCCUGCGGGCCCGGGAGAGCCGGAUCCCAUGCUGAGCACCCACACCCAGCUCACAGGCACCAUUGCCACCCCCCCUGUGUGCUGCCCUCACUGCUCCAAGCAGUACAGCAGCAAGACAAAGAUGGUACAGCACAUCCGUAAGAAGCACCCCGAGUUCGCUCAGCUCCCGAACGCCAUCCACGCCCCGCUGGCCACGGCCGUCAUCAGCUCCACCCCCGCUGUGCUGGCCACCGACAGCAGCACCGGCGAGACUGUCGUGACAACAGAUUUGCUGACCCAGGCCAUGACAGAGAUAUCCCAGACCCUCACCACGGACUACCGGACUGCCCAGGGGGAUUACCAGCGCAUCCAGUACAUCCCUGUGUCCCAGUCCACAACUGGCUUGCAGCAGCCUCAGCACAUACAGCUGCAGGUUGUUCAAGUGGCCCAGGCUACCUCACCUCACCAGUCCCAGCACUCCACAGUGGACGUUGGGCAGCUCCACGACCCCCAGACAUACACCCAACAUGCCAUCCAGGUGCAGCACAUCCAGGUCACAGAGCCAUCCCCAGCAGCUCAGACAUCACCCCAGGUUGGAGGUCAGCCUUUGAGUCCCUCCUCCCAACAACCCCAGCAGGAACUCAGCCCCUCACAGAUGCCGACUGCGACGUCGACACCAAACCAAGGGCUGCAGCAGCAGCAGGGCUCCUCAGUCCAGCACACCUAUCUCCCCAGCACUUGGAACUCCUUCAGGAGCUACUCAUCAGAGAUUCAGAUGAUGACCAUCCCCCAAGGGCAGUACGUGAUCACAGAGACUGCUGUGGGUACCCCGGUCACCACUGUCAACACAGGGCAAGUGAAAGCAGUUACUCAGACUCACUACGUGAUCUCGGAGGGUCAGCCCGACCUGGACAAGCAAACGUCCUCGCUGCCCAGCGAGGUGCAGGUGGGUGUUUCCCAGCCCCCGGCACCCCCAGAGCCCCUGGAGUCCCAGCCCAGCAGCCAACAGCAAACCACCCAGUACAUCAUCACCACCACCACCAACGGCAGCGGGGGCAGCGAGUUGCACAUCACCAAACCCAGGACCUUCUCAGCAGAGCACGAGUGAAGCCCCACGGGGUCAUCUGCUUGUCUUGUCACCUCCCCGACAGCCCAGAUGUGGGGGCACCCUGGGGCUCUGUAUGUUUUGAUCUCUGUUCACUUACCUUCAGCUAAAAUCUUGGAGCUCUUGUUAAUGCUUUAAGAGGGUUUAAGUCCCCAGUGGCCACGAAGUACACUCAGAGUCCUUCUGGGAUGCUUUUAUGCAGCUUUUAACAAAAAGGACAAGAGAAGUGAAACCUCUGCUUGCCCUGGGUUUUAUUUUUGGCAUGUCUGCUGACCCUUACUUUUCCUUUUUGGAAGUGUCUCCAGCAAACAACUUCUGAUUUCAGUUGUAUGGGAAAGGCUUGCCUAGCUGAAGGCAUCCUGGCAGAUUGUUGUAUGUAUAUUUUUAAUGGGAGCCUUUCACCAGGAGGACAUCAUGUAAAUUUCCCAGAGUGUGGCAGAACUGCUUCCUGGGGCUUUGUUUCAACAGCCAAGGUGGAAGGGAAAUGUCCCAGCUCAGCAUGAGCAGACUGCCUGGAGAAAGGAGCAGCAGCAGCCAAGCAGUGGCUCCUCGUGUCCCUGUGUGGGGAUGGAUCAAACAGUGAAGCUGUGAAGAUGUGCCGAAGCAGUCCAUUAAAUUAUCCUUUUUCCAGCCCUCCAGAACUGUUUACAUCCUAUUUGCCCUGCCCUGUGUGAAAAGGGGAGUCUUAAACCCGUGUUGUUGGACAAAGGGAUUGAAAUCAUAGUAGCACCCGAGGGUAGUGUGGAGCCACUGGUGUCUCUUGUCCUUGCAGUGCUUGCAGGGAAGGUUGCUGUUUUACCUGUAAACAAAAAAAAGGCUCAGCUUAACCUGCACCUUUGACCUAAGAUAGUUGUGCCAGGAGAAAAUGAGGGUACAGGAGCACUGCUCUGAAGGGACUGGGUCCUUAUCUCUGUUGCCACCUCAAAGUGAACGUUUCUCCCCUUCAAGACUGGAUGGAGAGUUGGUUACUCUGAUUUUUUUUUUUCCAAAUACCCUUGUUAACAAUGCACUGUAAUUCCUUUGGACAGUUCCAUAAAAAGACCAGCCCUGGACUCAGGAAACACACCAGAAACAUGCUUGUGGACCACUAUUUAUGGGACACAGAAAGCCAUCUGUGAGGGUUGCCUGCUUUGGUGGACCUGGUCCUUGUACAGAAUUCAUAUUGCAUUUAGGGACCAGGAGAAAGGGAAAGAGAAGGUUUAUCUUUUAAGGCAGUAUAAUAUUUUUUUUCCUUACAUACUUCUCCUUCCCAGGUCUUGUUGGUUGGUUGUUUGAUACAUUCUGGUAGUUGCAAGAAUAUGUCUAGAACUCCAUUGACUCCUGAUAGGAUACACCACCUAUGUCUGAACCUCCAUUUUCUGCUGGAAAACUCAUCCCAGAAUGUCUGUGCAUAACAGGAUACAUUUAUUUAUAAAACAAUAACAAAGAAGGAUGUUGUGUCUUAGAGGCCCUUAAGACAGAAGAACUUAGAGAGGUUUUUUGAGUUGUUUUCUCUUGUGCUGCACUGAGUGUGAAUGCAGGACUCUUUGUGAGUAUUCCCAUGGAUUUACAUGAGGAUUACCCACGAGUAAGCACUACAGAUUGUGGGAUCAGGUUUUAUGGAGUUAAAGCUCUUAGACACAGGAGACCUUCACACUCAGGCUGGACAAGAGGAGGUCUGGUUCCUUGUGGGCAAAGCCUUGCAGUGGGUAUUGCUUUGGUAAUUAACAUCUGUUAAUGUGGCGUGGAAAGGGAGAUGAGAGAAAUCAGAUGGCGAAGCCUGGCCAGCUCAGAACUGUUCUGAGGUAGCUUUAAAGAGACUUGCCAAAAUGGGGAUUAAUUUAUUCCUUGGAUUUCACUUCUCUUGCUGUACCACCAUCCUGGGGCGUCAGUGAGCUGGGUAAAUUUAAGGAGGACCAGAGCUCCCAUUUGGUGCAGUGAUGAGUGACUUUAAAUGUCAUGGAUUUGGGAGCCCAUCGACUGUGGUAGCGUGGCCAGGUGACCACAAUGCCUACUGAUGAAUCUGCAUUUGUGUUGCUGAGGACUUUGGAAUUACAAUGUCAGGCACUGUGAUUACACUGGCGUGGGAGAAGAAGAGGGAGAUCUUGUCUUGGCUUUCUUCAGGCUGCUGCUUCUUUAAUAAAGAGCCAAAAAUAGUAUUAGUAGGAAAAUAGCAGACUUGGAAAUAUCCAGGGUGAUUCUGCCCUACAGCAGCAAUUUUCAAGUCUUAAAUGUUUGACAACAGAUGAACAUGAGACUUGUUCCCAUUAAGGAUGUUGCACAUGUGGGGUUUAAAACUAUUUUCCUCUAUUCACCUUUGUUGGAACGGUUUAUGAACGAGGACAGUUGUACCAGUUAUUUAAAAUGGAAAACUACAACACAAAACCAUUUAAAAACCCAGAUCUUUUAAGGUUUUUGAACUCAGAUCUUCCUCAUCAAAUUUUUUACUCUGUCCUUCAGCAGCAGUAGCCAGGCCAUCAGCCUGACAUAACUGAAGUGAUUCCAAGCCUCUCAAGUUAAACCAAUGCCUUGUUAUGGAAGCAUCAUCCCUGGAAAUGGAAGUACCACGAAUUUUCCUUCCAAAGUAAGGAACUACAGUGAUUGCACAGUUGGAAAAAAGAAGGAAAGAAAAAAAAAAGACAAUGAUUGCAUGGAUUUUUUUUUUCCAUUUCUGCAGUGCAGAAGGUAUAGGAUGUAUUAUUAUUAUUAUUAUUAUUGUUAUUUUUAAACCAGAGCAACCCAAAGAUCUCUCCAGUCGUGUCCCACGGGAGGGUAACUGUGGAGUGCUCUUGGUUGCCUGCAAGGUCCAUGUUUUGCUCGGGGAUUCAGGCUCCUCGGGGUCUAGUGCUGUCCCCUGGAGGCGUUUUUGGGUCAGAUCCUGUAUUUUCCUGGAGGAAAAAAGAAAACAACCCCAACCCACACACCCUGACCGUGCACCUCUCGGACUGCUCGGGCCCCACCUCUUAUUUAAGUGUGUAUGUUUAUUGUACAUUUGGUGACUGUUGUUGUGUUCAGAGUCUCGUGCAACCAGGCGGGUGUAAAAAGCAAACAAACACCCUCCCCCCCCAUCCUGAAAUUAAUAAAUCUUUUUCUCUUUUUUUUUUUUAAA